AAAUUCGAAUCAAAUCUAUCCUCUUAUCCUCAACCUAACAAAGCAAUAAGAAACCAUGUCAAGCUGUGAAGGCUAGGAAACUCAUCGACCAUAACACACACUGCACUCAUAAACACUUGCCCAUGGCGUCGGUACUAGGAUCUUCCUCAACUGCAAUCUUGGCUUCCAGGCCCCUCUUUUCUCAGACCUCCAAGCCUUCCAUUUCCUCUCUCACUUUAUCUCCAGGGCAGAGUAGUGGGAGGAAGUUUUAUGGAGGAAUUGGGAUUCAUGGUAAGAGGGGGAGGUCUCAGUUCCAUGUUGCAGUUACCAAUGUUGCAACUGACAUCAACUCUGUUGACCAGGACUGUGAACUUGAUGAUUUCCAGCCCCAGAAGCUUGCUGCAAAGGAAAGCCAGAGGCCGGUGUAUCCGUUUCCUGCUAUUGUUGGACAGGAUGAAAUGAAACUAUGCCUUCUGCUAAAUGUGAUUGAUCCCAAGAUUGGAGGUGUCAUGAUCAUGGGGGAUAGGGGAACAGGGAAAUCCACAACUGUUAGGUCCUUAGUUGAUUUGCUUCCUGAAAUCAAGGUAGUAGCUGGUGACCCAUUUAAUUCAGAUCCAGAAGAUCCAGAGUCCAUGGGCGUGGAAGUCAGAGAAAACAUUAUGAAAGGAGAGAACCUAUCUGUUGUCAUGACCAAAAUCAACAUGGUUGAUUUGCCAUUGGGUGCUACAGAAGAUAGGGUCUGUGGGACAAUUGACAUUGAGAAAGCCCUCACUGAGGGUGUCAAGGCAUUUGAGCCUGGUCUUCUAGCUAAAGCUAAUAGAGGAAUUCUUUAUGUAGAUGAAGUAAAUCUUUUGGAUGAUCACUUGGUGGACGUUUUAUUGGAUUCAGCUGCCUCAGGUUGGAAUACAGUGGAAAGAGAGGGUAUUUCAAUUUCACAUCCUGCUCGGUUUAUUCUCAUUGGCUCAGGUAAUCCGGAAGAAGGGGAGCUAAGGCCACAGCUUCUUGAUCGGUUUGGAAUGCAUGCACAAGUGGGGACUGUUAGGGAUGCAGAGCUGAGAGUCAAGAUUGUGGAGGAGAGAGCUCGUUUUGACAAAAAUCCCAAGGAAUUCAGGGAUUCUUAUAAGGCUGAGCAAGAAAAGCUCCAACAACAAAUUGGCUCAGCUAGAAGUUCACUUUCUUCUGUUCAGAUUGAUCGUGAUCUCCAGGUGAAAAUAUCCAAGGUUUGUGCAGAGUUGAAUGUUGAUGGGUUGAGAGGAGACAUUGUGACAAAUAGAGCUGCAAAAGCUCUAGCUGCUCUAAAGGGAAGAGAUAGCGUAACCACGGAGGAUAUUGCCACUGUAAUUCCUAACUGCUUAAGACACCGCCUUCGAAAGGAUCCCUUGGAGUCAAUCGACUCAGGUUUACUUGUCAUUGAAAAAUUUUAUGAGGUGUUUAGCUGAGGGAGGUAUUUGUAAUUUUUCUUGAAUAGAUUGAUGUUUUAUUUGAUAUUUUGUGGGCAUUUCCAUUCUCUUUCCCCCACAAGCAAAAUUCAGAAUUAUUUCCAUGGACAUUUAAGUAAUUACCCUAGUAGUAUUGAGGAGCAUGAAGUUAAAAGAGUCCAUAUGUAUAAAGGUUCUGUCAAUAGUUUUGCUGGAAUCAAUUCAAUGACGCUUCAAUCU